UCAGAAGGAUGCUUCUGUAAGUAGGCCCAAAGAGGUACCAUAGGUGACCAGACAGCCCAUGGCCAAUUAGUAAGUUAAUUCAUACUCCAGAUUACUGUUCCGGCUUCCUAACCCUUAUUUUGCUGAGACGUCUGGUCACUUACCUAGGAGAACAGUUUAGGGCUCCGAAAAUCCCUCUCCUGCCCGGAAGUUGCAUUUGGCACUUCCGAAUGCGGUCACGGCUGAAGGGUGGGAAUAGCCUCCGCCACCCGCGCCCCAGGGGGUGCCCAUUCUUGACCGGAGUUGCAAAGUGAGGAAAAUCUUAACUGUAUCCAGUAAUUAAGAUAUGGCGGAAGUGAAGUCAAUGUUCCGGGAAGUUCUUCCAAAACAAGGGCAAUUGUCUGUGGAAGAUGUAACCACAAUGGUGCUGUGUAAACCCAAACUUUUACCCUUAAAAUCUCUGACUCUGGAAAAACUGGAGAAAAUGCAGCAAGCAGCACAGGAUACAAUUCACCAACAAGAAAUGGCAGAAAAGGAACGACAACAAAUAACCCACUGAUAACUUAGCACUUAGGAAACAACAUACCUUCUCUACUAUGUAACAAUAACUAGAAAAUCUCCAUGUGUACGCUGAAAGUAGUAUUUGUUAAUAAAACUGAUAGUAUUCAUAUAAAUAACACAAAAAUACCCAAGGAUGAUGAAACAUACUGGGAAUUUAAACACUCCAGUUUCAAUUGAACAUAAGAAGUUAAACUCUG